GGAGGGGGUACUGGUGGGGGUUGGGGAAGAAGGCACUGCCCUCCCUCCAGCUUCUGCCCUCCCUGCUCCACUGGCUGUCCCCAUGGCCUGGGGGCUGGGCAGGGAGGCCUGGGGAGUCCUCCCUCCACUGUCUUUUUUGGGCCCUUCCUCUGGAGACUGGAGCUUGGAGCAGGGGAUGCUUGGGCGGCUCCCUCCUGUUCACACCCUCUGCUUUGUUUUUAGGUUGCAUUUAUGACGGGUUAUUAUGUCCCAGGCUCUUGGCACGCACAAUCUCCUUCCACUCUCCUGACCAUCCUGUAAAGUCAGUCCUUUGGUUAUUUUUUCCCCCAGGGUUUCACAGCUGAGUGGCAGAGGCAGGUUCGGUCCAUCUGACUCCGGAGCCCCAGGCCUCUCCUGCCCCUUCACUGUGCCAGAGCCCCAGUGGGGGUGGCCGAGGCCCUGAAGCCAUGGCCGUGCCAGGGAAGUAGAAGCCACAGCUGAGGGGGUACCCAGGGGUGGUGAGCUUUGACAGGCUGGUCCAGGGCAGGAGGGGGCCAGAGGACCUCUGGCGUGGACAGGCGGAACUGCUCCUUCCGACCACCCCGUGUCAGACAGGCCUGGGGGGCCAGCAUCUGCAGCCCAGGACUGAGCCUGGCUGAGGAGGGGUGUGGGUGAGUGAUGGGGGUCUUACCACCGGAGAAGGUCCCCUCACCCUAGGAAGGAGCCCAGGGCCGCUCUUCCAGUCGCCCUGCCCCACACAGGAAGCGUUGCUGUGGCGACAGAGGGGGGAUUUGGCUUCACUGCAGCUGGAAUGCUGGGUAUGCGCCUGCUCCUGGCGCCCCUGUACUGGGCAGGCGCGGCCUGGCCUCAGCCCCUCCUGUUCUCUCCUUGGGGCCAGGUGUGGGGGAGACAUGGGAGUACCGAGGGGCUUCUCCACGAGCAGGACACCUAGCUGCCUGUAAGAGGGAAACCCCAAGGCCUGGCCUGCAGGCUCGGGAUCACCAUCAGCGGCUUCCUAUGACAGGGCUCAGGUUCGGGUGGCAGGGUGCCUGGGUCCCAACUGCAGCCUCCCCUCUACCCCAGGAGAAUGAGAAUCCAGGGAUUUGGAGGGAGGGCUCCUCCUCCCCGAGUCCCACUGAGGUCAGCAAAGAACUUGCCAUUUUUGAAACUGAAAGUCACUCCAGUGAUCUGGGGAUAGAGGAAUGGGGAGGGGGUCCUUGGCCUCCCCUCCAAGUUGCUGGGGCUUCCUCUGGCCCCUGGGGCAGACUGAGCUGGGUGUGCCCAUGUUGGGUGCACUGGGCUCAGCCUAAGUUCUGACCUUGUCUCCACCUCCUGGGUGCCAUGUCCUCUGAGACCCGAGGUGAGAGUGGAGAGCUGUGGGGCGAGCAGGACUCGCCAGCCCACAAUGCCCUGCCCAUCACUGCCUGGUUCCCCCAGUGUGAACUCGUCCAGGGAGGAUUGCUGGAGACCCGAGGUGCCUGGAGGCAGCCAGCAUCCUGGGCUCCUCCUGGUCUGGGCUCUGCUGCCUUCUGGCUGUGCCUGUCUCCUUGCCUGUCCUCCAUCAGCUCCUCUUGUGCAGACAGAGAACAGUAACGGUUGAUGUAGGUGGCUGUCCUACUGGGUGACUUGGGGCAGAUGGCUUCCUCUCUCUGGGCCUCUGGUUUCUGUGUGUGUGAAAUAGGAAGGUUGAGACACGGGCCAAAGAAUGUUCCAUCCAAACCUGUGCCUCUGGAUGAAAAACGCUCCCUCGCUGUCCACAGGCCCUGUAGACCCUGCUCCGCCUCCUCCUCUCCCCCGACCCCGCUGCCAGCUGUGCCGGCCUCUUCGCUCUCCGAGACCCCGACUCUUCACAGAUGCUGGUCCCCACCACUGGCUCACGCCUGCCAAUCCUUCACAUCUUAAGUGUUACCCUAAAUCCACUGCCCUCAAUUAUACUCUAUUGUACCCUGUUACCAUGCUUCUAAAAAAUGCACAUUGAUGUGUGCCGGACACAACCCUGAGCGCUUCGCCCUCCACAGUGGGUCCAUCAUGGUGCUCUUUGUGUGGGUCAGGACACUGAGGCACCUCCUGGGACGAGGCUGUUGGUGGCUUGGCUUUCACCCAGUCAGUCUGACUCCAAAGCUCGCACCCCUAACCCCCCACUUACAGCAACUCGCUGACAUAGUUAGUUCUGUUUGGUUCACAUCUGCCUUUCAACCUGUACGUUCUAUGAGUUUGUGGACCCUUUCUGUUUUGUUGACCAUGUCCCCAGUGCCUAGUGUCACAUGCAACUCAAAUAUUCAUAUUAUGAAAGAACAAGUGAGUGAGCAGCCCUGCUUCACCCCGGACGUGACCAUCCAUCUGAGAUGUGUUCGGCCCCACUGCCAGCUCCCAGCAGAGUACCUGGCCAGGAGGAGGCCUGCACGGCUGUUGAAUGAAUGAAUGGUGUGCUAACGUAGUACGAGCCGUCUGGUGCUCCUUACAUGGGAUGUUUGCACACCGAUGAGAGGGCGAGAGCCCAUGUGACACUUCUGAUUGACCCUGGGGUGUUGGUGGCGGAGCUGACCCUUGCCCUGACCCCACAGCCUGUCUUGCGUAAAGAGAGGGAUGUUGGGCCCUAGUUCUCAGGCUCCAGCCCUGACUUCCUGUGCCAACUACAGCCGGGUGGGAAGGAAGCAGUGAGAAAAGCCCCUUGAAUGACACAGAGCCGUUUCCGAUGGUCUCCCACGCUGGGGUCGGCUUCCGCGGGCUGGGGAGGGGGCGCGGGGCCAGCUCCUCACAGCCGCCUGGCUCCCUCAUUCAUUCCCAAGGAGAUCGUGGGAAGCUGGGAGGAAGCUGGCCACAGUUUGGGGUGAGCUAAUUUUGGUAACAGGGUCUUUGGUCUCAGGCUCCAGGGGCCAGGGUGACUGGGAGGGAGCUGUUUGCAUUUCCUCUGGCCCCCUCAGCUCCCCCCUGCUUGGGCCCGGGGGACAGGGCCGCCUGCGGUUUGAACUCAUCUCUCCUCCCAGGGGCCCAGCAAACCUUCCUGCUGGCAGCUCCAGUACCACGGGAGGGCCAAGAGGGGCACUCUUCUGCCCUCUCCAGGGACUGUUCCCCAUGCUUGGCACCAGGCCCUCUCCCUGGCCCCCUGGCAGCGUCAAGAGGCAACAGUAAUACUCGUAAUCCCUCGAUUUGCACGGCGCUUUGUGGCUGGCCUGUUCCUAUCACAUGUGGUCUCAGUUGAUCCUCGCGACAGUCCUGGGAAGUAGGCAGCCCAGGCCAUGAGCAAGGAAAAUGAAGUUCCGAGAGGGCACUGGGGUCCUCAGAGCCCGAGGAUGGUGACCAGCAGCCAAGUGCCUCCCCCUGGACACCUGCAGAGGCAAGGACGUGCCGCCGUCCUGAGCCCCAUCACCGCAGCAAGAGGGGCCUGGCCAUGAGCAGAACAGCCCGACAGGCCCCUUACAAGGAGGGAGACUGAGCCCAAGCUUCGUGGCCAAAGCACGUGGGCCCAUGAGAACAGCAGGGAUGGCCGGCUGGUGUGGACAGGCAUCCAGGAGCACCUUGUGUCCACCGGUUUCAACAAGAUGCAUGAGCGUGAAGUGAAGCUCUGGGACACCCGGCUCUUCUCCAGCGCCUGCACCUCCCUCACCCUGGACACCUCUCCCAGGUCUCUGAUGCCCCUGCUGGAUCCAGACUCCAGGCUCCUGGUCCUGGCGGGAAAGGGCGAGAGUCAGCUGUACUGCUAUGAGGUGGCCCCCGAGCAGCCGGCACUGAGCCCAGUGACCCAGUGCCUCCUGGAGAGCGUGCUGCAGGGGGUGGCCCUCGUGCCCCGGCGAGCACUGGCCGUCAUGGGCUGCGAGGUGCUUCGCGUCCUGCAGCUGAGCAACACAGCCGUCGUGCCCAUCAGCUACCACGUGCCCCGCAAGGCUGUGGAGUUCCACGAGGACCUGUUCCCGGACACUGCAGGCUGUGUGCCCGCCUCCGACCCCCAUGCCUGGUGGGCUGGUAGCAACCAGCAGGUGCAGAGGGUCAGCCUCCACCCAGCCUGCCGACCCCACCCCAGCUUCACUUCCCAUCUGGUACCCCCUGCAGAGCCCACCCCGGAAGAGGCCCAGCCUACAGAGACACCUGUGGGUGAUGCGGACCCCAGCGAGGGCUUCUCCUCCCCUCCCAGCUGGCUGACCUCACCCUCCACGCCCUCCAGCCUGGGGCCCUCGCUCUCCAGCACCAGCGGCAUCAGCACCAGCCCCAGCCAGAGGUCCCUGCAAAGCCUGCUGGGCCCCAGUUCCAAGUUCCGGCACGCUCAGGGCACCGUCCUGCACCGAGACAGCCACAUCACCAACCUCAAGGGGCUCAACCUCACCACGCCUGGGGAGAGCGACGGCUUCUGUGCCAACUGGCAGCGUGUGGCCAUGCCCCUGCUCAGCAGUGGUGGGCAGGUGGCCGUGCUCGAGCUGCGGAAGCCCGGCCGUCUGCCCGACACAGCACUGCCCACGCUGCAGAAUGGGGCAGCCGUGACCGAUCUGGCCUGGGACCCCUUUGAUCCCCACCACCUCGCUGUGGCUGGGGAGGAUGCCAGGAUCCGACUGUGGCGGGUGCCCCCAGAGGGCCUUGAGGAGGUGCUCACCAUGCCUGAGGCCGUGCUCACAGGCCACACGGAGAAGAUCUAUUCUCUGCGCUUCCACCCGCUGGCAGCUGACGUGCUGGCCUCCUCUUCCUACGACCUUACCAUUCGGAUCUGGGACCUUAAGGCUGGAGCAGAGCGGCUGAGGCUGCAGGGCCACCGGGAUCAGAUCUUUGGCCUGGCCUGGAGUCCUGAUGGGCGGCAGCUGGCCACUGUCUGCAAGGAUGGGCACUUGCGGAUCUACGAGCCCCGGGGUAGCCCUGAGCCCCUGCAGGAAGGCCCAGGGCCUGAGGGGGCCCGUGGAGCCCGCAUUGUCUGGGUGUGUGAUGGUCACUGUCUCCUGGUGUCUGGCUUUGACAGCCGAAGUGAGCGCCAGCUACUCCUGUACUCGGCUGAGGCCCUGGCCAGUGGCCCCUUGGCAGUGCUGGGGCUGGAUGUGGCUCCCUCGACCCUGCUGCCCAGCUAUGACCCAGAUACCCGCCUGGUGCUGCUCACGGGCAAGGGCGACACCCGCGUGUUCCUGUAUGAGCUGCUCCCCGAGGCCCCCUUCUUCCUGGAGUGCAACAGCUUCACAUCACCUGACCCCCACAAGGGCUUCAUUCUCCUGCCCAAGACGGAGUGUGACGUGCGGGAGGUGGAGUUUGCCCGUUGCCUGCGACUUCGCCAGACCUCCCUGGAGCCUGUCACCUUCCGGCUGCCCCGAGUCAGGAAAGAAUUCUUCCAGGAUGACGUGUUCCCAGACACCGCCGUGAGCUGGGAGCCGGUGCUCAGCGCUGAGGCCUGGCUGGGAGGCGCUAACGGGCAGCCCCGGCUUCUUAGCCUGCAGCCCCCUGACAUGACCCCAGUGAGCCAGGCCCCCCGUGAAGGCCCAGCCCGGCGGGCCCUAUCCUCAGCACUCUACCUGGAAGAGAAGUCGGACCAGCAGAAGAAGGAAGAGCUGCUGAGUGCCAUGGUGGCAAAGCUGGGGAACCGGGUGGACCCGCUCCCACAGGACUCCUUCGAAGGUGUGGACGAGGACGAGUGGGCCAAGUACCUGGCCCAGAUCAUUGUGAUGGGCGUGCAGGUGGUGGGCAGGGCCUUUGCCCGGGCCCUGCAGCAGGAGUUUGCAGCCAGCCGGGCAGCAGCUGACGCCCGGGGGCGCGCGGGACACCAGUCUGCGGCCGCCUCCAACCUCUCCGGCCUCAGCCUCCAGGAGGCACAGCAGAUUCUCAACGUCUCUAAGCUGAGCCCUGAGGAGAUCCAGAAGAACUACGAACACCUAUUCAAAGUGAACGAUAAAUCCGUGGGUGGCUCCUUCUACCUGCAGUCAAAGGUGGUGCGAGCGAAGGAGCGCCUUGAGGAGGAACUCAGAAUCCAGGCCCAGGAGGACAGAGAGCGAGAGCAGCCGCCCAAAACGUGACCGCUCGGUGCCUCACACCCCACCCGCCCACCUCUAAUUUAUAGCUCGGUAAUAAAUGUCUUUUCUGCA